GACAAAUCAUGGUGCUUAUCCACUGUGUUUCCUUCUGUUUUGGCGCCAUUUCAACUGCUUACCAGGCGUCGGAUCAACCAUUCUAGGGUUUCGCCUUUGGCGGGAAAGCAAAGAACGGAGCCAGAUAGCAUGAUUUGACGUAGAGAUUCAAGGCGAUAGAAUGGCGAACAAAUUAAUUAAUCAGAUGGGAUUACCCAGAUCGAUAGCUAACAUUUUCGCAGCGCGAAAUAUUAACACAGCCAAGGAAGCUUUAUCCUUAACUGAGUUUGAGUUGAUGGAGUUAUUGGACGUGGGAUUAUCGGAAGUUGCAUCUGCAGUUGCACACAUUAGUGAAAUCGCUUCUCCUCCUUAUCAGACCGUGCUUUCUUUGAUGGAGCAAAGACUUCAAAACGAGCAUUUAGCUGGCCAUCUUUCCACAUGUUUAAAAGGUUUAGAUGAGGCCUUAUUUGGUGGGAUUCCAUUUGGUGUUUUGACAGAACUUGUUGGUCCUGCUGGAAUUGGCAAGACGCAAUUUUGCUUGAAACUCUCUUUCUUAGCUGCUCUGCCACCGAGCUACGGAGGUUUAGCUGGCCGUGUGAUAUAUAUUGAUGUGGAAUCUAAGUUUAGUUCCAGAAGGAUGAUUGAAAUUGGCAUGAGAAGCUUUCCUGAUGUAUUUCAGAAGAAAGACAUGGCAAAAGAGAUGGCUGGUAGGAUCCUUGUUUUGCGGCCAGCAUCACUUUCUGAAUUCACUGAGAGUUUACACAAAAUCAAGGUUUCACUUCUUGAGCAAGAAAUAAAGCUAGUAAUCAUUGAUAGCAUGGCUGCUCUUAUUACUGGAGAAUAUGAGCAAGGGGCACCCAAACAGCAUUCAUUGGGUUGGCAUAUUUCAUUUAUCAAGUCAAUUGCUGAGUUCGCACGAAUUCCAAUUGUCGUGACAAACCAAGUAAGAUCCCGGAACAGGAAUGAGGUCUCCCAUUAUUCUUUUCAAGGAUUGAGCAGCAGUGAAAUUCAAGAAUGUUCUUCAGGAUAUGAUUCUCAUCUUGUUGCUGCCUUGGGAGUUCAUUGGGCUCAUUCUGUGACAAUCCGUUUGGUGCUUGAAGCAAAAUCUGGUCAGAGGUUUAUAAAGCUUGCAAAGUCUCCCAUGUCUCCACCUCUAGCUUUCCCAUUCAGCAUAACCUCAUCCGGAAUUUCCUUGCUGAGCGACAACGGAAAAGAACUGAGUGGAGCAGAGAUCAACGAGAUUCACUGCCAAGGACACAGUGACAUUAUCAGCUAUCAAUUAGGAAAGCAGCAGUGACCAUUGCCACUGACAUGCGAAUACAAUUGCUAAAAACUCAGUCUUCUCAUACGUAUACGAGACUUAUGCUGACUCGAUGGUUUCCUGUUGUGACUGGCUACGUUUACAGGAUAGCUUAGAACUAACCAGCAGAACAUGGAAGAUGGAAAGAUAUCAAGGCUGCGGAUGACUCUUGUUGGGAGGAAUUGCAUGCCUUAAUUUCUUUAGUGAUAAAAAAGUGUGGAAAGUACAGAUAGGACUUUAGUUUCUUAGUGAUAAAAAUGUUUAGAAAGUACAGAUAGAUCGUCAUUUUGAUACAUUUAAAUGUUAGAACAAGGUUGACUUGAAUUUGGACGUCCUUCAAUGAGCUCCUAAUUGGUACAAUGGUAUGUCGUGGCAUUUACGUAUAUCCAUUGAAGCUCUAUGAAUUGUUGCCUCGAAAUUUUUUAAUGCUGCACUUUCUUCUGAUUAUUAUCUUGAUGGUGAAGGUCCCAACACGGUGGUUAUUCUUUUAGGCCCCUGAAGGUGGUGACUAUCCAUUUAGAGGAUGAAUCUUGCAUUCUCUAUCAAAAGUUCUGUUAAUGCAUCAAAUCAAUGUGGUACGGAGUAAUGCAUUUUAUGAUCACAAUUGUGUUUCAUCAUUCCAAACUUUCAAGUACAGCGAGCUCGGGAAGG